AUGGCAUCCGGGCAACCGGCGCGGAGUGGGUCGGCGGCCGCGAGUGAGGGCGUUCGGCGGGAGUUUGAGGAGGCGAAGCGGCACACGGAGGAGGUGCUGGACCCGCAGGUCCGGCAGUGCUACCGCGUCGAGCAGAAGAUCGCGUCGCGGCUGCAGCGAGCGCAGGAGCUGCAGGGGGAAGCAGGCCGCAAGCUCAGUUCGUGGGUAGCCGUAACUGAGAGCCUCCACGACGGCGUCAAGGCCAUCGGCGACGCCGACAUGUUCACCAAGCACAUCGAGCGCGAACUCAAGUGCUUCUCCUACGUCCUAGCCGAGGCCAACCGCGAAGCCCAGGAAGCAGCGCGCCAGCGCGCCGAAAAGAGCACGUAA